AUGUCUCGGAAUGCCUGUCACAUCCAGCGGCUACGCGGCGGCGUCCGCUCUCACCGCAGUUUCCGGCCCAAUAAUUACUCGCUACAUAAUUUCGCUUUGAAUCGCCGACGUGAAGUUUGGCGGCGGAUUGUUCGAGGGCGCUACGAAAGGUUCCGACGCGAUAGCGCCUACCCGAGCCGCUUUGUUCGCGCCCGGCCGUUGUGCGAUUUCACGGUCCGCUACGGGCACGUAUUAGGCGAUCGCCGUAGGCCCCGUUUACGUACCACAUCUACGGCGUACGCUAUGUAUGCUAUCGAUGUUUACGUCUAC